UGGCGUCUUUCUAGCUUAAUGGAUAUUUUAUGUUUACUACAAAGUUUGGUCGCAUAUUUUUGAUCGCUUUGAAGAGAUCUUGUGAUUUUGACAACAGCUGCACUGGGAAUGAAUAUGGCCUCCACUGUAAGAGUUUUUAGAGGCUUUUAGCCAAACGUUUUGAGAAUCUAAUUGUAUUCUUCCGACCUUGACCUUCACGUCGCUAUGAGUUCUACAGUACGCGAUGAAGAUUACAUCAAAUUUCUACAAGAUCAAGUGAGGAGACUAAAUGCUGUACUAGAGGAAUAUCAAAAGAAAUAUCUGCCUGUUAAAGAACCAGACGUAACGGGAGCAGAACCUCUUCCUCCAUGGAUUACAAAUUCCAGCAUUUUAUCCCCACUUCUGGCAGAGUAUGAUAACAACAUCAAAAGUUCACAGGAGCAGGCCUUGUUCCUCAAGGAAGAAUUGUCUUCAUUGAAGCAAAAGACUGAUCAUGUUGUACAAGAAAACACAAGGUUACACGAGGAAUUAAGAAGAAGCAUUGAGGCGCAAAUGGAUUUGGUGCGUCAAGGUGAAGGUAGUGGUGUUGAGAAGGAAGUGAUGGAGAACAUGCGACAUCAGCUUCAGCUACUCUCACAGGAAAGAGACAGUUAUGUGGAAUUGUGGCAAAAUGCUUGUGGUGAACUGGAAAAGCUUCAGGAAAUUGAAAGAGAAAAAGAUGGCGAAUUGAAGGGAAGAACAAGGGCUAUGACAAGCUUGCAGAAUGAUCUUCACAAAGCCAGGCAAUUUGCUGAGGAACUUCAGUCUAUAAACAGAAAGUUAAGAAUGGAACAUGAAAAAUUCCUCGCUACAGCUCAGACCCAAGAUCAGGAAAUAGACGAAGUACGGAAUGAUCUCAGGAGGUGCAAAGCUGAGUUGAAAAACUCCAGAGCGCAGAAUGAAGAACUUCGCAGAACGCAGGAGAUAAUGGAGGGACAAAUAAGAGUGAGGCAGGAUAGAGAGAGAGGCGAUGGAGGUAAUAAAGACCUACCUGUGGUCGACACUCGGAUGGAACAACUACAAACCACUCUUAUUGCACUGGAGUCGAGGCUCUCCGGGACGCUCAAAGAACUCGAACGGCUCAGAUCAGAGAAAACUGAGCUAGAAGAAAGAUUAGAAGUUUUACAGAAAAGAAGUUCUGAUCAGGAACAGCGUGAGUUUGAGGCUAUUGCUCACGUCAAAGACAGUGUGCAGAUGGUGGAAAACGCUAUACUCGAGAGAGACCAGGCCCUUGUCCGAGAGCAACAGAAAACACAAGAAAUAAGCAGGCUACAAGAAGUCAUUAAUAAGAUUCUCAGAGAAGCUGGAAAAAGGACAAGAGAAGAGGUCGAUUCUGUCCGGAAUCAGUGCAACAAAAAUAUCCAGAAGCUAAUGGAGGAGAUGCAUUUUCUGGAAUUGGAGGGAGCUGAGAAACAAGCUCAGUUAGAGAGAUCACUCAGGGAGAAGGCUGCGGUGGAAAAAGAACUUGAAAAGCUCUACCAAGAAGGUCCGUCUGAGAUUGCGCGGGCUGGGAUGACUUUUGAAGAGCUGCAGAAACGAACUGGAUUGGCCGAGAGAACCCGGGACGAGGCUUUACGGAGAGUAGACAGCCUCAAUUCCACGCUUAGGAAGAUAGAGACGAAACACGAACAGGAAAAAUCUCAGGGUGUCUCCGAAAUUGGCGAACUUAAAAGAAGAAUGAAACAACUGGAAGAAGAAAAUGAAGAGAUAUCCGACAAUAGACUUCAACUGAUAGGUGAAAUAGACAAGCAAAAACGGGAACUUCUCCAAGCUAAACAAGCGAAAGAGGCCGCCGAACAUCAGUGCACUUUGGAGGUUUCAUCGCUCAACCAACGCUUUGAGCAACGUGAAAGAGAGUUUGAUUCGCGGCUACGAAACGUGGAGGAGAUGAACAGACAGUCAGUGAAUGAACUCAGGGAUAUGCUGAACGGACAACAAAAACUCGGAGCACAGUGGAAAGAAGAAUCUAAAGCAGUAACACAGAAAUUCGAGCAAACAGUAAAUGAGUUAAGACAAGAGAUUAACAAGCAGAAGCGAAGGAAUGAUGAACUGAACAGCCAGUUACACGACGAGAGGCAGGCAAGAGAAGAGUUGGAGUCCAAGCUAUCGUCAUCAAAGCUUUCUCAUGAGAAACUUCAAAGUAUGGUCGUUGAUGCCGAAACAAGAGCAGAUGCGGCUAGCUCUCAGGUAACUACACUUUUGAAUCGUGAAAGACAACUUUUACACGAAAGAAAACUCCUCAACCGCGAAUUCGAGAGACUCAAAUUGGAAAAGAGUCGGCCUGGGUACAAUAGAAUCCGGGAACCUCCUCAAAGACUCUCGGACUUGUUAAACACUGCAAACACUGGGGCUUCUGCUCAUGAGCCAGCAGUUCGUUUGGACCUGAUGUCUCCAAGGGAUGACGGGUAUUUACGAGAACUCGACGGUAUUGGAUCCAGAACAAGUUACAACGGAAUAUCAAGAGACAGAGUUAUACUUUGAUGUUGCUGGAAAAUAAUUUUUUUUUGUUUUGUUUGACAUGAAGAUUCCCCUUCAAAGAUUCUCCUCCAAAGCUCCUUUUGAAGUAUUUGGUCUCUUUCGUUCAGAAAAGACUACAUGUGCAACGUGUCCAUGGCUCUUGCGGUGAAUGAGUUUGUGAACUGAUAGCAUUUUGGUCACAUCAAGAUUAAUUUCCAGUUUAGUGUCCAAACUACUUUGGGAUUGCAUUGGUUUUUCUAAACUUCGAUGUGUGAUUGGUUAAGAAAACUCGCGCCACUUUCUCGAUCAAUCAGAUACAAUUCUGAAACUAAUCGAGUAUCGCCACUUGCAUUGCCACUUAUAGACAAGGAUUUUCCUAGUUUAAUAGAGCCUGGGUUUUAUAAACAACGGUUUUCAUCUACGAUUUCAGAGAGCCAGAUAUUUUACCACAAUGCGAUUAAAUAUUACCUCUAGUGUCUUCAAAAGUAAUGCAUCCCACAUACCUGAAAAUGAGGGUUUUUUUUUUUUUUUUUUUCUAAGAGGAUACCACAAACAAUAAACUAACCUAACUCUCCACUUUUUAGAGCUAAUGCAAGACAUCUUCUUGGUUUCCAGAACUAUCUUUAACGGGUGAGAAACCACAAAAUAUUAACCAAAAUAUGAAUAUCAAAUGAAAUAAGAACAGAGAUAGCUAAAGAUGUGUAAGAUUGACACGGAUUCCUCAUUCAUGACGAAUUUGAAAAAUUCUGGUUAAUAUAUACCCGAUGUUCGAGUCUCAACGUAACUUUUUCAAUGUUUAGCAUUUGCAUGGCAAGCGAUUCGUAAGCGUUCACUGGACUCCAUUUAGUGAAAUUACUGUUGUACUGACUUACUCUGAACCUGAAAAAAAUUGACUCGUCUUUUAGGAUGGAAAAAAUAUUGAUAUUUGACAAAACAUUUGGCAGUGCCGCAAGGAAGAUAAUUUCCAGGUGCCACCCUUAAUCAUGACUUGUAUAUUGUAUAAAGGUUUUAAAAUAUACCUUUUAUAAGUGUGAGAAAAAUAAAUUGUAUUCUCGGUAAA